AUGCUGCCGGCCGUCUUCUUCCAUGGCUGCCCAUCGGCGACGGCGCACCGACGCGCCGGCGGCAAGGGCAACAACGGCGACAGCUCGAUGAUGCAGCGGUUCCAGCGGAGGAAGGUGGAGUACAACCGGACUUACGUGACGGCCGAGGAGGAGCGGCGCCGGUGGUUCCGGGUGUACGCGCGCAACGUGCGGUACAUCGAUGCCACCAACGGCGAGGCCGAGGCGACCGGGCUCACGUACGAGCUCGGCGAGACGGCCUACACCGACCUCACAAACCAGGAGUUCAUGGCCAUGUACACCGCGGCCCCGGUGCCGCUGCUUGCACUUUCAGACGACGACGAUCGCGACGAGGACGUGGUCAUGAUCACCAAGCGCGCGGGGCCAGUUGACGCCACCGAAGGCGUGCCGGCGAGCGUGGACUGCGGACCAGAGGCGCCGUGA